AUGGCUCUUUGUCAGACACGCUCCGCUUCUCUCUCGAUCAAUAUUUUCUCUUUUUUUUCUUUCUCUCUCUCUCUUUCUCUCUUUCUCACUUUAUCUCUCUCUCUCUCCCACUUUCUGUUCAUCUGUUUCCUCCAUCACCAAAUUAAUUUUUUGACUUUUUUUCUCACAGUAAUAUUUCUAUCUCUUCACCUCCUUUUCAUUUUAUACAUUCAGCCAUUCAGCCCUUCGUCUCUCUCUUUCUCUCAUUCUCUCUCUCUUUCUCUCUCUCUCUCUCUCUCUCUCUCUCUCUCACACACACACACACACACAUUUACUCUCUUAUCUCCCCACCUCCUUAAUAUAAUUUCUAACUGUUCACCUCAUUUUGAUUUUACACAGUCUGGUCUUCAACACUCACUCAUUGCUUUUACUCUCUCUCUCUCUCUCUCUCUCUAUGUGUGUGUGUUCGUAUGUUUUUCAUUCUGUUGCCUUCUCUCACUCCUUCUUUUUUUUAGUCUUCUUCCUUUCACUUUUUAUACUGGUCUUUAA